AUGCCAAAAAUCUGCCAUGUGGAAAUUCAAAUUGUUGACUUUCUAAUGAAUGUGCCGAAGAAGAAAAAGAAGAAACGGUGGUGGACGGUCAAUACCCCACGCCAUCGAUGGACCGUUCUAGCCACCGAUCGAUUGCCACCAAAGACACUAUCGUUGACGUCUAGCGAUCAAUCUCCCAUCGUCAAGCAACCCCCCAUCUCCGAUCCCAUAGUCUCGACGUCUCUAGCUAUGCCGAAGCCAUUUCGCAUUUGGCUACCACCGAUGUCAACCACCGGCUACUUCGGAUCUCAUAGCCACUUGCUCCUAGCUAUUCAAUUGUUUAACAACCCUUCACCCAUAGCCUCUUAUCGUGAUUAG